AUGCGUCUUCUGCCAGCGCUCGCCACAGCGCUCCUGUUUGCUGUCAAUGUGGCAGGAAGUCCAGCCGUUACUUCAGCCUCGGUGGAAUCCGUCACCCCCGUCGCGAAUGUUGCAGAGGAGGCCGCCCCGACAACCUCGCCCGCUCAUGCAAACAAUGUCAACCAGGCCAAUGCUGCCGUUGCUGACACCUCUGCUCCCGCCGACACAGCCGAUGCCGCUAAUACGGAUCUCUCUGCUGCGGCUGCGAAAGAAGAAGAAAAUACCGCUGCCCCGGAUACGCCCGACCCGACCAGGGCCAACCCCGUGGAAUCCGUGGUCGGUGGCGUAAAGACUGCGCUUGCUGUCAGUGCGAAAGAAUCAACCGACGCAGCCGGUGCAGCCGACCCUACUGUGACUGCCGAUAAGUCGGCAGCCGAACCUAGUUCCCCUGCUGCCGAGCCUAGUUCCCCUACUGCCGAGCAUAGUUCUCCUGCUGCCGAGCCUAGUUCCUCUGCUACUGAGCCUGCCUCCUCCGCUGCCUCUGCUACAGGCACGUCAAGCACCAAGUCUACCAGUUCUGAUAGUAGCUCCGACAGUGACUCGGACAGCAACGGCACUGCCAAAGCUUCUGAUAUCCUGCCAGACUUGAAAGAAGCUAUCUCGAGUUUAUUAGGUGGUAAUGGCAGUGGCGGUAUUGCAGAACUUCUGCGUGGUCUUGAAAGUCUGCUUAACCCUAGCUUCUUGGGUAACUUCGCAGAUACUUUCGAAUAUCUCUCUACCGGUCUAGCACCCCCGGUUGACAACCAACUCCGAACCAUAGUGGCCAAUGCCAACAACCUCCUGACUGCGAGCUUCGUCAAGAAGACUGGUACUCUCAUUGACAAUGCCAACGGCCUCUUGACCGAGGAGAAUACCAAGGAGAUUGGAACGCUCCUCAAGGUCGCCAAUAAAUUGCUGUCCAGCCAGUUUAUCGACAAGGUGGACAACCUCAUCGACAACGCCAACAACCUCCUCACCUCCAAUUUCGUCAAGCAGACCACCAACCUUAUUGACAAGGCCAGCCCUCUCAUUGAUGAUGCCAGUGGCCUGCUUACUGAUAAGAAUGUUCACGCGAUUGAGUCGCUCUUGACAAAUGCCAACACGCUUCUGACUGCCACAUUUGUCAAAGAAACCACCAACCUCAUCGGCAAGGCCAGCCCUCUUAUCGACGAUGCUAGCGGCCUGCUCACUGAGAGCAACGUCAAGGCAAUCGAGUCACUCUUGGGCAAUGCCAACAAGCUGCUCACACCUAGCUUUAUCUCAACUACCGGCAAGCUCAUCCAGCAGGCGGGUCCCCUCAUCAACCAGGCUAGCGGUCUCCUCACUGAGGGCAAUGUCAAGGAUAUCGAGUCACUCUUGAACAAUGCCAACAAGCUGCUCACUCCUAGCUUUAUUUCUACUGCGGGCAAGCUCAUCCAGCAGGCCGGGCCUCUUAUCAAUCAGGCUAGCGGCCUUCUCACUGAGGGCAAUGUUAAGGAGAUAGAGUCACUCUUGGGCAAUGCUAACAAGCUGCUCACACCCAGCUUUAUCUCGACUACGGGCAAACUCAUCAAGCAGGCCGGUCCCCUGAUCAACCAGGCCGGCCCUCUGAUCAAUCAAGCUAGCGGUCUUCUCACAGAGGGCAACGUCAAAGAGAUCGAGACUCUGAUCGGCAAUGCCAACAGCCUGCUGACUACCAGCUUCGUAAAUCAGACCACUAGCCUGAUCGAUGAAGCUAGUGAGCUCUUGAGUUCGGAUACCAUCGACUCACUGAAGUCUCUUCUCAUUCAGCUCGCUCCUAUAAUUCCCGAGCUGAAGGGCCUGCUCAAGCCGGCCACCAUCAAGGCCAUCGAGAACGUGCUAAGCAAUGCCAACAAGCUUCUUACGGACUCCUUCGUCAAGGACACCAACACACUGAUCACCGAGGCUGUCAGCCUUCUAACCCCCGACCUGGUCAAGGCUCUCAAGUCGCUCCUCAGCGAUCUUACCCCACUGAUCCCCGAGUUGCAGUCGCUGCUGACGAAGGAAAUGAUCAAUUCGAUCGAGACCCUUCUGAACAACGCCGGAGACCUGCUUACAUCAGACUUCAUCAAGGAUACCAAGGGCCUGGUGAGCGAGGCUGGCGAUCUCCUCACUCCAGAGGUGGCCAGUGGAUUGAAGUCGAUCCUAAAGGAUGUCAUGCCCCUCCUGCCGGAGCUGAAGUCACUCUUGACCAAGAGCACCAUCUCUGCCAUUGGCUCUCUUUUGGCCAACGCCAACACGCUUUUGACUCCCAAGUUUGUCAACGAGACAAUUGGUCUGAUUGACAGUGCGGACGACCUCCUAACCCCAACCGUCGUAACGGGACUGAAGGAUAUCCUCGGCGACAUGGUGCCCCUGAUCCCGGAUCUCAGAAGGUCACUGCUGAACACGACCAUCAUCACCGACCUGGGAUACAUCGUGACCAACGCUACCACUUUGCUUACGCCCCACUUCGUUGUCGAGACCACGGACCUCAUCGAUAACGCCGAUGGCCUCCUGACCCCCAAGGUGGUCAGCACGCUCCAGGAGAUUCUGGGAUACGUGCCCGACCUGUUGCCCGAGGUGAAGAAGUUACUCAAGCCGUCUACCAUUUCGGAUGUUGGCGCGCUCUUGGAGAACGCUCAUGAUCUCCUGACUCCGAAGUUCGUCAAUGAGACAACACUCCUCAUUGAUGACGUUACGAGCUUCUUGCCUUUGAUCCAGGAACUACUCAAGGCGCUGUGA